AUGUCGGUCAAUUCCAACACCAGCCUGCCCAAUCGUCUUGUAGAGUCCCAACAACAAUCCCACCCUGGCCCUCAGCGGUUUGCCGUCAACUCAGACCCUGCGGCUGUGCACAGGGCCACUGUCGAGGAGGGCGUCGCUGUCGUCGAAGGGUUUCUUUCGCCAGGACAGGUGCAAAAGCUCAACGGAGACGUCACCGCGCCCUUGGAUGCCUUUUGCAAGCAGCCAAAGUCGGCGGCGCCGGAUGCAAAACGACCAUGGAUGGCCGACUUCGUGUCUGAGCACGUCUCCCGCGCACACAACUUGGUCGGCUUCAGCCACGUUUUCCGCCACGAGAUUCCGAAGCACGAGUUCAUGCAUGAGAUAUGUCGUCAGACAUUGCUGGCGUCGGGCGACUAUUGGCUGCGCUACGUAGCCGUCAUCGAGAACGGCCCAGGAACGAGCGAGCAAAAGUGGCACAGGGGCCAGCCCGACUGCGGCUCGGUCAAGUAA